UUGUUGAAAUUAGAUUAGGAAUAUUUCCAUUAUUGUAUCUUCCUUUUCUCUCGAUAGUAUUAGUAAAUCAUGUAUGCAUGUAUAAAUACAGAUUACGAGGUCCUUGAUUCUCAAUCUCUCUAAUAUCUUCUUCCUUGUAACUUCACGAUGACGACGCCGGUGAGUAAGAACAUCGCCAUCAGGCCUGUGGAGUUCUACGGAAACGCGCUUCCCCGUCCUCGUUUCUUCGCUAAUCCUCAGUUUAACUCUCACCGUGUCGAUCCGCUUCUCUCGUGGGCUAGAGACGCUCACUGGUCCACGGGUGGUCUCAACUUCACGCGCCUCCGUCUCCAGGGACGGAUCGAAGGAAACGUGGAGAAGCUCCGAGCGCAGCUCGAGGAUUCCAGCCCUGGAGACUCCGAGAAGAAGAAGAGAUCUGGUUGUGAUUCGACUCCUCCCGCGGCUCCGGUUGCGGUGAAACGAAGGAGGUACGUAGAUCUUAACGAUGAUGAGGAUGAGAUUGGAUCGGGAGUGGCUAGGAUCAUCAGAAACCUCUCUGGUGAUUUUGAUAGAGUCGCUGGAGAGAGUGAGAUCAAUAAGAAAUCGAUUGGAUCCGAAUCAGUGGGGAAGAGGUUGAAGGAGAAGAAAACAAGAUUGACAAGAAUAAUCCCUCUAGGAUAUGAAUGUUAGGGUAGUUGCCUGAGCCAAGAUGAGACAAGGUGGUGCUGGUGCAUAUAUGCGUGAUGAUGGUGACGAGAGGCAAAGGGGACGACGGCAUGGAAGUGAGCUUGUUGGAUAGAAUGAAGACUUCUCUUGUUGGUAACUAGUGACGGAAGACAAUAAUAACGACAUCCCAUGUUCCUAGAUGUAUGUAUGGAAGCUGAAAAGCUAGUCUGCG